UCCCUCUGAUGCAGGAAAAUGGAAGGACCUUGCCAGAUGGCAUUCAUGAGCUCAUUGUGCAUAAGUGUGAAGAAAAUAUAACCGUUCAGGAUUCUAGUCGCUACCUCAAAUUUCCCUUUUCAAAAGGGCAUCUCCUUGCAAACAACCACCAAGCAAUUAAAUCUACUAAAGAAUCUUUCUGGAUUACAUCUUUCCUGUGUUCAACUAAACUCACACAAAAUGGAGAUAUGCUUGACCUUCUUAAAUGGCGAGCUCAUCCAGAAAAAAUUGCAGGUUGCCUCUCAAAACUGAAAGAAAUUGAUGGUUCUGAAAUAGUGAAGUUUCUCCAAGAUACACUAGACACUUUAUUUGGGAUUUUAGAUGAAAAUUCUCAAAAGUAUGGCUCUCAAGUAUUUGACUGUUUGGUUCACAUAAUUAAUUUACUGCAGGACAGCAAGUUUCAUCAUUUUAGGCCAGUUAUGGAUACCUACAUUCAAAGUCAUUUUGCAGGAGCUCUUGCUUACAGAGAUCUCAUAAAAGUAUUGAAGUGGCAUGUUGACCGAUUUACUGAAGUAGAAAGGCAAGCACACAAUCAGGAAGUAUUAAAGGCCCAAGAAUAUAUAUUUAAAUAUAUAGUUCAGUCUCGGAAGCUAUUCUCUCUUGCUACUGGUGGACAAAAUGAGGAGGAAUUCUGCUGUUGUAUUCAAGAGCUUUUGAUGUCAGUACGAUUUUUCCUUUCCCAAGAAACUAAAGGAAUCAAUGCUUUAUCUCAAGCCCAAGCAAUCUUUCUCAGUUCCUUCCCAGCUGUGUAUUCAGAAUUGUUAAAGCUCUUUGAUGUGAGAGAAGUAGCAAAUUUGGUGCGUGAUACUCUAGGGAGCUUGCCAAUCAUUACAAAUGCGGAUGAUUCUCUUCAAGCAGUAAAACUUCAGUGCAUUGGGAAAACAGUGGAAAGCCAAUUGUAUAGCAAUCCAGAGUCCCGGUAUAUUUUGCUACCAGUAGUUUUGCAUCACCUUUAUAUGCACCUGCAAGAACAAAAGGAUCUGAUCAUGUGUGCACAUAUCCUUAGCAACAUAUUUUGCUUCAUUAAGAAAAAUAGUUCUGAUAAGUCAGUAUUGGAAGAAAUAGAUGUAAUUGUGAACAGUCUACUAGAUGUAUUACUCAGAACCAUCUUGGAGAUCACAAGCUGCCCAAAAGCAGCAGGUUCUACCAUGCAGCUUCAGUUUCAGGAUGUUACAGGGGAGUUUGUUUCAUGUCUUUUGUCAUUGUUGCAACAAAUGACUGACAGACAUUACCAGCAACUCCUUGACAGAUUCAAGACAAGAGACAUGCUGAGAGAUUUCUUGUUACAGAUAUUUACUGUUUUUCGAAUAUUAAUACAGCCAGAAAUGUUUCCAAAAGAUUGGACAGUGAUGCGUUUAGUUGCUAACAAUGUUAUUAUUACAACAGUGUUAUAUCUUUCUGAUGCCCUUCGCAAAAACUUCUUAAAUGAAAAUUUUGAUUACAAGAUUUGGGAUUCCUAUUUUUACCUUGCUGUCAUAUUUAUAAAUCAGUUGUGUCUACAGUUAGAAAUGUUCACACUUUCUAAGAAGAAAAAAGUACUAGAAAAAUAUGGUGAUAUGCGGGUGACAAUGGGAUGUGAAAUCUUCAGCAUGUGGCAAAAUAUAGGAGAACACAAAAUCCACUUCAUCCCAGCACUGAUUGGCCCUUUCUUAGAAGUGACACUGAUACCUCAGCCUGACCUGCGGAAUGUUAUGAUUCCUAUUUUUCAUGAUAUGAUGGACUGGGAGCAAAGACACAGUGGUAACUUUAAACAGGUGGAAGCAAAACUGAUUGACAAAUUGGAUAGCUUGAUGUCAGAAGGAAAAGGUGAUGAAACUUACAGAGAGCUCUUCAAUAGUAUAAUUCCACUUUUUGGUCCUUAUCCCAGCCUGCUGAAGAAAAUUGAACGUGAAACAUGGAGAGAAAGUGGUGUUUCAUUAAUUGCCACUGUAACCCGUCUUAUGGAGAGACUGCUGGACUACAGGGACUGCAUGAAAAUGGGAGAAGUGGAUGGCAAAAAGAUUGGAUGUACUGUCAGUUUGUUGAAUUUCUAUAAAACAGAACUGAAUAAAGAAGAGAUGUAUAUUAGGUACAUACAUAAACUAUAUGAUCUGCACCUAAAAGCACAAAACUUUACAGAGGCUGCCUAUACACUCUUACUGUAUGAUGAACUGUUGGAAUGGUCCGACAGACCAUUGCGGGAAUUCCUGAACUAUCCCAUGCAGACAGAAUGGCAGCGCAAAGAAUUUCUUCAUCUCACGAUCAUCCAGAAUUUUGACAGAGGAAAAUGCUGGGAAAAUGGUAUUAUUUUAUGCAGGAAGAUUGCUGAGCAAUAUGAAAACUAUUAUGACUACAGAAAUCUCAGCAAGAUGCGGUUGAUGGAAGCUUCUUUAUAUGAUAAAAUUAUGGAUCAGCAACGUUUGGAGCCUGAGUUUUUCAGAAUUGGAUUUUAUGGGAAGAAGUUUCCAUUUUUCUUACGCAACAAAGAAUUCGUUUGCCGAGGACAUGAUUAUGAGCGUCUGGAGGCGUUUCAACAGCGGAUGUUAAAUGAGUUCCCACAUGCCAUUGCUAUGCAACAUGCCAAUCCACCAGAUGAAACCAUCUUUCAAGGAGAGGCACAGUAUCUGCAAAUCUAUGCUGUGACACCAAUUCCUGAAAGCCAGGAUGUACUGCAAAGAGAAGGCAUUCCAGAUAAUAUCAAAAGUUUUUAUAAAGUAAAUCAUAUUUGGCGAUUCCGGUAUGACAGGCCAUUUCACAAAGGGACCAAAGACAAAGACAAUGAAUUUAAGAGUUUAUGGGUAGAGAGAACAACACUGAUCUUGGUGCAGAGCUUGCCAGGAAUUUCCCGAUGGUUUGAAGUGGAGAAACGUGAAAUUGUAGAAAUGAGCCCAUUGGAGAAUGCUAUUGAAGUAUUGGAAAAUAAAAACCAGCAGUUAAGGACAUUGAUCAGUCAGUGCCAGACUCGACAGAUGCAGAAUAUCAAUCCACUUACAAUGUGUUUGAAUGGUGUAAUUGAUGCAGCAGUUAAUGGAGGAGUUGCCAGGUAUCAAGAAGCAUUCUUUGUGAAGGAAUAUGUUCUGAACCACCCAGAGGAUGGAGAAAAGAUCACAUGCUUAAGAGAACUGAUGCUUGAGCAGGCCCAGAUUCUUGAAUUUGGCUUAGCUGUACAUGAGAAGUUUGUCCCACAGGAUAUGAGACCUUUACAUAAAAAACUGGUGGAUCAGUUUUUCGUGAUGAAAUCUAGUUUAGGAAUACAGGAAUUUGCUGCAUGCAUCCAGUCCAGCCCAGGUCACUUUCCAAAUGGAAGCCCAUGUGUCUCUAGAAAUUCAGUCCCUAUUUCCAUGAGUCCAGAGGUGGGCAGAAUUCCUAGACGUGGUCCAUUAAGUUACCCAGCUAUCAACAGAUACUCUUCUUCAUCAUUGUCCUCUCAAGCAUCUGCAGAGGUCAGCAAUAUAACUGGACAAUCCGAGAGCUCGGAUGAAGUUUUCAACAUGCAGCCAAGCCCAUCUACCUCAAGUCUGAGUUCUACUCAUUCUGCUUCACCUAAUGUGACCAGCUCUGCUCCAUCCAGUGCCAGAGGCUCACCUCUGUUAUCAGACAAGCUUAAACAUUCCAGAGAAAACUCUUGCCUAUCUCCAAGGGAGAGGCCCUGUAGUGCUGUUUACCCUAAUCCUGCUGAGCUUUCACAGAGAAUUGUGUUCAAUCAUAAUGGUGAUGGCGCUUUGCCUCGAAGUGACCCUAUUUUGUCUGCCUCUGAGAAAGCUGUAAAUAGCACUCCCAGUAGUUGGAGCCUGGAAAGUGGGAAAGAAGCCAAAAACAUAUCAGAGAGUGGAAAGCUCAUGUUUCCUCCUGUGCCACCCCGUCCCACUGCAUCACCAGCUCGACACAUAACCUCAGUUUCUCUUUCUUCUGCUGGAAGAUCUCCAUUGAAGGGUUCUGUACAAUCAUUUUCACCAUCUCCUAUGGACUACCAUUCGUCAGGGCUCAUUUCCAACUCUCCAGUCUUGUCUGGAAGUUACAGCAGUGGCAUUUCUUCACUUAGUCGAUGUAGCACAUCUGAAACAUCUGGUUUUGAAAGUCACAUCAAUGAACAUCCAGUUCCUCUUUCUAAUUGCAACAUUUCCGAAGAGCUAAUAAGAAAAGAGAACAAGACUCCUCCGCCUUAUAGUGUUUAUGAGAGGACUCUGAGGCGUCCUGUCCCACUACCUCACAGCCUUUCCAUUCCCAUUCCUACAGAUCCACCAGUGUUACCUCCAAAACCUUUGUUGGUCAGACCAAGCAAUUUGGAGAAUAGCAGCAAGAGAAUGGAACAGGUCCCUCGACCUAAGCCUCUUCCACGGAAAGUCUCUCAGUUAUAAAUAAAAGUCAAAAAGUCAUUUUUUGAAUGUUUUAAAUGAAAAACAUAUCUAAUAUAGGCACUUUAAUAUUUGUCACAAAUUUUCUUUCUGGUGAUUUUUAAAAACUGCUUAACUUUAAGUACUUAAUUUUAAGUACUAGCUUAAAAAGCCAGAACCUAGAGAGAAUGAGACUGAAAAUACUAUAUUUAGCAUAGCAUACAGCAAAUGUGAUUCUGCAUUUAAAUUCAAACCUGGAGCCUAACUGUUCAAACAAUAUCAAAGCAUACUUCCCCUUGACAGCCUCAUAUUAGCGCAAUGUACUUUCUGAUAGAAUAAAAUUUGGUUUGAAGUUAAUGAAUCCAAUAAAGCUCUUGUGGUUUGUGAUCACAUUGCACUGGAAAAGACCCUAUUACAAGGAUGUUGUAGCUGAAUUUCCAGAAAAAAAUGUUUGGGUUGCUUUCUUUCUACUGUCAUGUUACUGCGUCUUAUUCAAUAUUUGUAUGUAUACUUGUCUCUUAGAGAUCUUUUUUCUAGCAUUCUGAUAAUGGUUAGUUUACAUACUUGUAGAAUUUUCCCCCUCCCAUUUUAUUUUAUUUUAGAUAGGUGCAAUUUACACUUCCCUGAAGAUAAUAAACGUUAAUAAUGAUUGUAUUAUAGAAAAUGUAACAAUAUAUAAAGUUAUUUUUUUAAAUAGACAUGAUUUCAGACACAGAAACUGACUCUGCGGAUUAUUUUAAUGGCCAAAAUGAAUACAUUAUUUUAAUUGUGAAUCAAGAAAAAAAACCACUGUCAGACUCAAAGAUGAAAACGCUGAAAGCAAUUGAGUGCAAGCAAAUGUUCAAGAGAAUGAGGCUAUUUACAAGUAGAAUUAAUUGAAGCAGCAAAUUUUUAAAGACAAGAUUCAGACUUUUUUUUAUUAUAUAUAAAGUUUCUGAAUGGAAGUUCUUCCAUUCUAUUGCUGUAUAUUCCACUGCAAAAAUGUGGAGUAAAUAAGUAAUUUACGGGAUAGUGGUUUAGAUGGUGGGAAGAGAGAACUUUUUAGGGCACAAACAGAAAAUUUGUUGGCAACUAAAAGUAAUCCAGAUUUCAGCCCCAAUCCUGCAAAAUGUUUUUUCUGAAAGUGCUUUUACUCAUCUCAUAUGGAGCCCUAAUUGGCAUUUUGCUAGAAAGCUCCUAUGUUUUGAAAGCUCAUACUUAGUUCUAUAAUUGUAUAAACUAAACAUAAAAACAAGCAUAUAGGCAAUUUUUCUUUCUUAUUUCUCCCUCCCCACCACAAAAUUAAAUCAUACCAUUAAAGUUACCUCCCUGUUUUGUUGGGAAACUUGUGUUGAUUUUAUCAGUUUACUUUAUUAAUAGCUUAACUGGAAUAUUAUUGACCACUUUAUUCCCUCAAUGGGAAACCCUCAGCAGGUAUAUGCUGUUAAUGGUAGCUAUAGAAGUUUUAUAUAAUAAAUGUUCAAGUAUUUUUGUACAUAACUGGUUAAUUUUAAUAAGAACAAUUAUGUUUGGGGGAGGAAAGCAAAUGGCUGUGUAUGCAGUAAGAUUGUUAUAAUUAUGCCAAAUACUUUAUGUAAUUGGGGGAACAAGGACACGGAGUAAUAUUUGUACAUAUGUUUUUAACAAUAAUUCUGCCAUAUUGAUUGUAUAACUUUUAAUGUCAAAAAUAACCUGUUUAGCAAAAGUGUUUACAACUGGAAAAAGGGGAUAAAAUUUAGGUUUAUAGGUGGCUGAUUUUGAGGUCUGAGAUUUCUGAACUUGCUUGAUCAUAACAUUUUUUGUGUCUGCAUAACUACAUUUUUGGAAUCGUUAAUUACAUAUUUAUGCUUUUAAAAUAUAUUGCAAUUUAAAUAAACUGUCACAAACUGGAUAACAGAUCUAGUUUGAUCCCUUCCUAUAUUAAAUUUAGAAUUAAAUCAGUGUUUGCCUGGUGCUUCAGCUUAGACUGAAUCAGUAUUAUAUUUUGCUUGUCCAUUUUUAAAAUAUGCUUGAUAGUAAGCAAAAUUUUUACUCAUGUGCAUAAAUUACUGACGUCUGCUUAGCAGCAAAACAUUUUAAUGUAGUUUGUUUACAGAUAAUGAUAUUGGUUGUUGAGAAACCGUAAAUACAA